UGACAGGCUGAAGUGGGUGGGAUCAACUUCGACAGGUAGCUUUUGAAGCAUACGCUCCUACUCUUGAGUCACAAGGCGGAUGUAAAUCCAGUGACAAAAUGUCGCACAAAAUUAUUAAUGUGACAGUCAGGGAUGUGAGAUUCCCGACGUCGUUGGAGCAGCACGGCUCUGAUGCGAUGCACACCGACCCGGAUUAUUCAACCGCAUAUGUGGUUAUCGACACGGACUGCGGGUUGAAAGGCUUCGGCUUCACAUUCACUCUGGGGAAAGGCACGGAGAUUGUGGUGUGUGCUGUGGAAGCCCUGGCUGGUCUCGUUGUCGGGAAAUUCUUGCAGGACAUUGUGAGCGACUUCCGUGGAUUUUACCGCCUCCUGACCAGUGAUGGUCAGAUGAGAUGGUUAGGCCCAGAGAAAGGAGUGAUCCACCUGGCCACGGCUGCAGUCCUGAAUGCUGUGUGGGACCUGUGGGCGAGGGCAGAGGGCAAGCCGCUGUGGAAGCUGCUUGUUGACAUGGAUCCCAAGCAGAUUGUCUCAUGCAUUGACUUCAGAUACAUCACUGAUGCGCUUACAGAGGAGGAGGCUCUAGACAUACUCAUGAAAGCACAGGAUGGCAAGCAGCACAGAGAGGAUCUCAUGCUGAAAGAGGGUUAUCCUGCCUACACCACCUCCUGUGCAUGGCUCGGAUACUCAGACCAGCUGCUCAAACAGCUCUGCACGGAUGCACUUAAAAGUGGUUGGACCAAGUUCAAGGUGAAAGUCGGUGCUGAUCUAGAAGAUGACAUACGCAGGUGCCGCCUCAUAAGGCAAAUGAUUGGACCCAGUAACACUUUGAUGAUCGAUGCCAACCAGAGAUGGGACGUAGCCGAGGCCAUCAGCUGGGUGUCCAGCCUGGCUGAGUUCAAACCUCUUUGGAUUGAGGAGCCCACGUCUCCAGACGACAUCCUGGGUCACGCUGCUAUCUCCAAGGCUUUGGCUCCUCUCGGGAUUGGGGUGGCAACAGGAGAGCAGUGUCACAGCAGGGUGAUGUUUAAGCAGUUCCUCCAGGCCUCAGCUCUGCAGUUUGUCCAGAUAGACAGCUGUCGGCUGGGCAGUGUCAACGAGAACCUGGCUGUGCUUCUGAUGGCCCACAAGUUCCAGGUGCCUGUUUGUCCUCAUGCUGGAGGAGUCGGUCUCUGUGAGCUCGUCCAGCAUCUGAUUCUGUUCGACUACAUCUGUGUGUCUGGAAGUCUCAGCAACAGAAUGUGUGAAUAUGUGGAUCACCUACAUGAACACUUCACCAGUCCUGUGGUAAUUCAUAACGCCCACUACAUGCCUCCCAAGGAGCCAGGCUACUCUUGUGAGAUGCUGGAAUCAUCAGUGCAGAGACACCAGUACCCUGACGGAGAUGUAUGGAAGAUGAUCAUAAACAAAUGAGGACUUUAUGUCAAACAUUUAACCCAAGGCUCUUUUUUUAGACCUAUAAUUGGUCUGGGUUAAGUGGAGUGAAAAUGGAUUGCACUUAAUAAACUGCAAGAGUAGAAGUGUAGCAGACACUUUUAAAUUCCAUACUUAUGUAAUAUUAAAUGUGUUUUGCUGCUAGGCUCCUGUUGGGUCAAUAGCAAUCACGUAUAAGAUGACACAAAUGUAAAUUCUUUAUUUACAAGUUAGAUGAGAAAUUAAGCUGAUCUAACUGGCAUUUUUACACUUUCAGUAACAGGAGAAAACACUUUUCUGUAAGAACUUCAUGGUUUAAAGUGUCAUUUCACCAAAAUCAGAAAAUAAU